CGGAAGCGGAAGUGAGUCUUCCAGCUUCUCGGGGUGUCUCCGUGUUUGCUUGGGUGGUUGCCGUUAUCUGGAGAUCUCGCUUCGUCUGCUCCCGGUCCUGAGCCGCCGCAGGUGUUUCCACGCCCCCUCCGGGGGGGUUCGGAGAGCGGGAGCCUCGGCGCAGGAUGAGCACCAUGUUCGCGGACACUCUCCUCAUCGUUUUCAUCUCCGUGUGCACGGCGCUGCUGGCCGAGGGUAUAACUUGGGUGCUGGUUUACAGGACAGACAAGUAUAAGAGAUUAAAAGCUGAAGUGGAAAAGCAGAGCAAAAAAUUGGAAAAGAAGAAGGAAACAAUAACAGAAUCUGCUGGCCGUCAGCAAAAGAAGAAAAUAGAGAGGCAGGAGGAGAAACUGAAGAAUAACAACAGGGAUCUGUCAAUGGUUCGAAUGAAAUCUAUGUUUGCUAUUGGCUUUUGUUUUACUGCCCUGAUGGGGAUGUUUAACUCCAUAUUUGAUGGCAGGGUGGUAGCCAAGCUUCCCUUCACUCCUCUUUCCUACAUCCAAGGAUUAUCUCAUCGAAAUCUGUUGGGGGAAGACUAUACAGACUGUUCCUUCAUCUUCCUCUAUAUACUCUGUACCAUGUCUAUUAGACAGAACAUUCAGAAGAUGCUUGGCCUUGCUCCUUCUCGGGCUGCCACCAAGCAAGCAGGGGGCUUUCUGGGUCCUCCAACUCCGGCUGGAAAAUUCUCCUGAGACCAAGCUCAGAGCUUUUUCAUUCCUUUCCUACUUACUCAGACACUUAAACCAAACUGCUCUUAUUUUGUCCUGAGCAGUGGGCACUGUUAGCCACAAAGGCCACUUCCCAGCUUUCUGAGCUAGCCUCAGGCCUCUGUACACGAUUGGAAUGAGAACAGCAUUCAGCAGACAAGAUUAAAAAUUGUACUUGUCUGUCAGAGUUGAAAAUUUUAAAAUAUGUGUAUGUUCGUUAGAUAAAUUUAAAUGCUAUUGGUAUGGUUGAGAAACAAGGAAUCUUUCAUGUUAUGCUUGUCAUAUUCUAAGAAUAUUUUUGGUAUGGCCAGUUCAUAAUUCUGAUAUGUGCCAUAUGCCAUGGAAAUGGUCUAGGCAUGAAGUCAUGGGGAGCUGAACUGAAAACAAUCAUUAGAUCUAAGCACACUCAAAGAAAGAAUUUGUUACGAUCCUUUUUUUUCCACAGCUAAAUGUUAGGUGACUACCGACUUUAAGAAGAACCUAGUUUGUGCAACUUCAUACAUAAAAUAAUCUUGUAGUCUAAUAAAUACACCUUGUUUUAGCAUGUUUAUGAA